CACACACACACACACACACACCAGAGCAGGGUUUUACAUUUCUCAUAUAUAGUUCAGUUUAUGUUUGAAUGUUGAAUUGUACUUAUAUGUUUGAGUUUUGUGGAUUUGUGUGUAGAGUUUUGAGAUGAGCUAUAGUUAAAUUAACUGUAAGCAUUUUGAAAAACAGUAAGGGAUCAACUGUGAUGAAAUUAACAGUCUGUAUCAGUAAUCAGUAAGUGAAUGAGUGUAUCAUUUUAAUGGUGUGUGCAAUGUAGACAACUGUUUUUUGGAGUUGAAGCAAAAAUGAAAUGUUUAAAGCGUGUAAUCUGCUUGUAGUUUUGCAGACUGGGUCUAGAAUUUAGCUUCACGAGUGAAUGGUUAAGUGUGGGUCAAGUGCACACCUACAAAGACACACACUUUGCACACCAAUUCCUGUCUAACCUGUUCUGGAGAAGAAACAAAGACAGGAGGAACGAGGAGGAGGGAUACCGUGAGUGUAUGGAUCAUAUUGUUUAUGGGACUUCAAGUUUCAUCACAUCAAGAUGUAAAACUUUCAAGACCCUCGAUCAAGACUAUAAGAUUAUAUCUGAUAAACUUUGGAAAGAAGCUCCAAUCUCCUCAUUCUGUAUGUCCUGACCAACAUCCAGGAUUAUUUGCUGAUUAUAAAUAGAGCAUAGCAGUUUCCUUUCCUCUCCAACGUCACUAACUGAACAAACUGAGCUUCAGAGAUGAACACAGACCUUCAUCUUUCUGAGUGUUGUGUGGAGGUGAAAUAAGGCAUGUGCUUCCUGUGAAAACAUCAAACCAUCAAAUCAAUAAAACAUCUCACAAUUCUCCAGUGAAGACGUUUCUCAGUACUCUGACAUGGGCAACAAACAGUCAACUCCAAACCCCGGCUGCACAUUAGUAAAGAGUAACGAUAAGAAGAUCCUGGCGAAAAAUGAAAGUGGUGAUCAGUUUGCGGUUAAAAGGCUCAGAGCUGGACAGGAAAAUGAUGUGAACUUUCUGCUGCUUCUCAAUCAUCCACACAUUGUCAAUCACAAGGAGAUCAUCAGAGAUGGUGAAUAUAUAUAUCUAGUACUGGACUACUUUGAGGCUGAAGAUCUUGCUGAGAAAAUAAAACACAAAACACAGACAGCAGGACAAUUUUCUGAGAAAGAGAUUUUGGACUGGACUGCGCAGAUCUGCAUGGCUUUAAAAUACCUGCAUGAUAAACAGAUUCUACAUAAAAACCUGCAGCCCAAGACUUUAUUAUUCACUGCAUGUGGGACCAUUCGUCUGGGAGAGUUUGAUAAAAAGUUCACUGAUGUACAAACAGCAGAAUCUGAAUCUCUUGCAUAUGUUGCACCUGAGAUUUUAAGCGGCAAACCGUAUGAUGCGAAAAGUGAGAUCUGGAAGUUGGGAUGUGUUAUCAAUGAGAUGUGCACACUGAAGAGGGCUUUUUCAUCAAGAAACUCAGUUGAGAUUGUUAAAAAGAUACUCAGGAGCUACUAUGAAGAACUUCGUGAGAACUUCUCUGAAGAUCUCCAUGAGCUAAUAAAAGACACCCUUCAGGUUAAUCCAGCGCACCGUCCGUCUGUCAGUGAGAUCCUAAUGAGGCCUUUUAUCAUCAAACGCCUUAACAAAAUGGUAAAUAUGCCUACAAAUGUUUAGAUCAGAGGUUCUCAAUCCUAGUACUUGACUCCAUUCACACUUGGAGCAUCUCUGAUAGUAACAGGGGUGGGAAUCGGUGUAGCAGCUGCUGGUGGGGUAACAGCUGGAGUGAGCAAUGUAACAAAGAUAGUUAGUCAGCGUUCAAACCGGCAAAAUAUCAAAAUGAUCAUAACAAUGAUACAAGAAAAGAUUACCUCCACAAGCUGCUGCAUCCAAAACAUACAAAUAGCAGUUGGCACUGAACUAAAAGAGUUUCCUGAAAACGAUCAAUCACAGUCAAACGCACAGUCUGGGAAAAACAGUGAUAAACAGACUAUGGCAAGUGCUGGAGCUCGACUUGGACGAGGACUGGUGGGAAUCUCAGAGCUUGCCCGUGUAGCUGAAGUCGCAUCAGUUGGGAAAGUAGCAGCUCAGACUGCAAGAGUUGCUCGGGUAGCUGAAGUGGCUACAGGAGUUUUAUCUGGACUUUUCAUAGCUGUUGACAUCUUCUUUAUUGCUCUCGAUGCAAGAGAAAUUCACAACCUCCGCCAAGAUACAUCUUCAAGUGAGGCUCAACAAGAACCAGAAAAUGCAGCAUUAAAUAGAGGUCAAAGCGCAGAGACAACUGAUGACAAGUCUGAACAGAGCGAGAGAAAGAACCUGACAAACACAAACAAAAAAGAGCUAGAGCUGCGGACUGAGAUCAUGAAAUUUGUGAAGAAAAUAAGAGAGACUGAGAAAGAGCUGAAAAACGUUCUUGAUGAAUUAGGAGACGAGCUGCAAGAACUACAACCAAAGAUACCAAAGUCUCAUGAUGAUGAUGAUGAUGAUGAUGAUGAGAUGAUGAUGAUGAUGAACAGGAGUCGCCUGUCCUUUCAGUAAGGAUUUACAAUGUAUCCUGGACUUUCAUUCUAGCCUUCCUGUAGAUCAGAUGUACUGCUUAAUACUAGCAAUGCCAAGGCUGUGGGUUUCUUGUCCCGGAAAGCAAGAACUAUUAAAAUGUGUACUUUCACUUCCUGACUAUCCUUUAGCUUAAUCCUUGAUUCAUCAGGGGUUGCCACAGCGGAAUGAACCAAUAACUACUCUGGCAUAUGUUUUACACAGUGAAUGCCCUUCCAGCUACAACCCAGCAUCGUACUGGGUAACAUCCCACACUCUCACAUUUCCACACACACUCAUGCGCUUUACGGCAAUUGAUGAAAUUAAUUGGCUGUAGCGCAUGUGUUUGGACUGUGGGGGAAACCGGAGCACCCAGAGGAAACCCACGCCAACACGGAGAGAACAUGCAAACUCCACACAGAAAUGACAACGGACCCAGCUGGGACUCGAACUAGUGACCUUCUUGCUGUGAGGCCACAGUGCUAUGUAAAUAUAUACAUUUAAAUGUCUUUCGAGAUGAAAGUAGUUUAUAGUCACCAAUUCUGGGGGCAAAACAUUUCAAGAAGAAACAAAGCAUUUCCUUUCCUGUUCUUCCAAUGUCUCAGUGAUUUUAUGUGAGAGGGAAAAUUUAGCUUAUUUCACUUAUAAUAUAAUGUGAUUAUUUAUUUAUGUUUUCAUAACUAACAAAAAAGGAAGAAUAUAUAU